CUUUCAUUCUCAGCGUCAUCCCCACCCUUUUCAUCGUGCUUCACUUCCUUUGUUUUCCUACAAGAUGGAGACACCUUUCGACUUCAUCGCCAAACAAAAUGCCGAGGAUGUAAAUAUUGCAUUUUCCUACUAGGUGAUUGACGCUAAACAUGAGAUCAUAUCAUUUGUCGACAGGCGCCUUGGCUGGAACAAGGCCGGAGAAUUUCUAGACUACUUCAAUGGCUCGUUUAAUCUUAGCAUCGCCGCCCGGCAUGGCAAAACCCACGAGUGCGCUCUUAUUCGCUUCCCAAUCCCGGGCAAUUUAUACGGAUCAUGAUUGAGGGGAAGGUCAAAAACGAGGUUAUGAUUAUGAAAUACCUUUCCCAGCAUACAACUAUCUCGAUUCCAUGAUAGGCGAGGGAAAGGAGGAGCUCUUGUUCCUCUUCAAGCCGCGGAAGGAGCAGUUUAUCCGUGCAAUGGAGCGGGCAGAAGAUGCAUCAACCAUAUCAGCGGGAGAGCAGCGUCUUUCAGCUCGAAUGUGGGAUUCGUGGGAUAUCGGGCGUUUCUGGUUCAACCUUGCAGCACGUAGCAGCUUUAAUGUGGACGAAGUCUACUGGAAGUGUCUACACAAGGAGGGUUGAGGCGAGGCGGUGCUGGACGAGACAAUACUUGCUAAGAAGUGCGAAUUCCUGAAUCGGAAGAAGAAUCAGUUCAAUGCGUACUGGGAUGAGAAGCGAAGUGACACGCGCUUUGCUAUAUAACCCUUGCGUAGCAGGAUAGAAAUGGACACUGUCCUCCUCGUUAUGUCUUCUCAGGAGCUACGCCUAGGAGGGCAUGAUGAAUGACUG